UAAAAAAAUGUCAGUCCGUCUUAACCAUGUCUGUGAUCUAACAAACAAAACAUCAGUCGAAUGAAAAACCUUCGAUCAGUGAAUUUUACGGACAGAAAAAUCAAAGUGAAAGUGACGUGUGUUUGUAAUAUAUAACUGUGUUGUUCCUGGACUACGCAGUAUCCCCGACGGCUUCCAAUGUCCCGUGCUUAUUAGAUCGAUACGGUGCAACCAUAAUCGAUCCUUCAAUAGUGAGCUGGAAGAGCCAAGCUCUGCGGGCGAGUAAAUUACUCACUCGACAAUGACGACCCCGGAAAAAGAUAACUGUUCCUCCUCUUCCUCAUCGCAUUACGCUUUGCAUGUAGCGCUGCAGACGAUGAAGGAACGCUGUCAGAAUCUGCAGAAGCGAUUGAGUGUCCUGGAGGAGGAAAACAUAGCCCUGAAGAUGUCCCAACCCAGUCUGGACUCGCAGGAGAUCACAAACGAAAGGAGGGUAUCCAACCAAACGGAGCUGGAGGUGCUGCGGGAAAAGGUGUCGGAAUUGUCCCGGCACAAGAUCCAACUCACAGAGCACAUUUCGAUGGUGGCCGCCGAGAAUAGGCAACUGUGGAGCAGAUUGUCCAAGUUGACUAAGGACAAUCAGGCGCUGGGCGGUUCGGUGGCUCGUUUGAAGGAAUCUAUGGUCGCGAGUGGAUCACAGAAUUUGAUCCGUUCGAAGACGUUCACCAAGAAUGCCCCGAAUCCGAAGCUACGUGACAGACUGCCUCGCGAGGGAAGCGAUGGUUCGUCCUCGUCGGAAGAGAUAAAUCUGGAGCUGGAAGAUGUUUCGCUGCUGAACAAGUGUGGCUUCGUGGAUAGUGGAACCGGAGCGGAAAUGGGAUACCUCCAGCACGAUGGCGAGGAACUGCUGAUGUUCGAUUUGGAAAGCAACCCGGAUGCCAAGCGUUGCACCGAGGUGUUGUUGGACAUUCAAAAGGAACUGUUGCGACAGCAGACAAUGCUGAAAAUUGCCGCUGGAAAGCUACAGGCAACGAUAGAGAUAUGUCAGGGAUGCAAACACAAGAAGACUGAUGGGAAGCCUCUGAUGGUGGAUAAAACGGUGGAAGUGGGCAAUGACCUUCCCGGACAAGACAAACCAACAGCGAUGACGAUGGCGACACAUUCCACUGAGGAUCUUCCUCUGCCGGAGAUUCCAAUUGCCGCCGUUCCGAAGAGCGCAGGGAAUGCAGCAUCAGGGGCAACGGAAAUGGAGGCCAGCACGCUGAAGUACAUCAACAUCCUGCAGGAAAAGGUCAAAGCGGACGCGCAGGACAAGAUGUGUCCCAUGUGCGGCAAGAUUUACGUGAAGAACAUUUCGUUCGACGAGUUCCAGGAGCACGUGGAGGGUCACUUUAUCGACGAUAACGAACUGGAUCUGAGCCUGGAUCGGAACUACGAGUACAUCUCGCAGACGGUCGGCAACUUUUGACCGGAAGCCGAGCGACGGAUUUACUUUUUUAGCGAACUGUAAGGAUAACAAAUGAAGAGCGAAGACACUGAAGUAAGUGCAUGGUCUUGUUGGAUAGCAGUGAUUUCACCAGGAAGUAGGUUCGGUUCUGUUAGAUGAAAUUGAGUUGAGAGCUGGAAUGGUAACGUUUUGGAUUGAUUGAACCAAGAGGCAUCAUGAUUGAAUUGUGUAAGUAUUAACGUUGUUCGUUUAGUAAAUUUGUACAAUUAUAAUCAAACCUUAAAGUAUAGUAUUCGGACGAUGAAUAAUUUCGUCAAGUUUUAUCCGACAAGUUUAUUGCAAUACAUAAUCUACAUUCAAUUGCGCGUAUAGCCCAUACGUGUUGUCAUCUAAAGGGUUAGGAAUUAGCUUCCCCAUAAGCCUCGCUUUCAGUGCGAUUGUUAUAAAAAUUAUACUUAAGAAGCCGAUUCCUGGAUGAAAAUA